GCGUGGCCGCGCGGUGAGGGCGUGGCCGGGCGUGGCCGCACCGUACCGCACCGCGCCCCCGCCAGCUCCGCCGCCCAGCGCCAGGCCGGGGGCCCGCCGCGCCUCCGCAGUACCCGGCACCCUGAGUUCAUUCUGGAGGUGGAUAACCACUCAGAUUGCAAGAAUAACAAGAGUGCUGAGAGCCCAAUUUGUAGGAGCCAUGGAAGAGUCUUCCCAACCCACUAAACCCCUGGAGAUGAACUCUCACUCUCGCUUUAUUAUUGGCUCAGUGUCAGAGGAUAACUCAGAAGAUGAGACAAGCUCCUUGGUGAAACUUGAUCUGCUAGAGGAGAAAGAGAGGUCUUUGUCGCCUGCGUCUGUCUGCUCGGAUUCCCUUUCAGAUCUAGGGCUUCCUAAUGCUCAAGAUGGCUUGGCAAAUCAUAUGAGGCCCAGUAUGUCUGGUUUACACCUUGCAAAGCAAGGCCGGGACAGGAAGAAAGUUGACGUGCAGCGGGAUUUCACUGUGGCUUCUCCAGCAGAAUUUGUCACUCGUUUUGGAGGGAAUAAAGUUAUUGAAAAGGUCCUGAUAGCAAAUAAUGGCAUUGCAGCAGUGAAAUGCAUGAGAUCCAUCCGACGCUGGUCCUAUGAGAUGUUUAGAAAUGAGCGGGCAAUCAGAUUUGUUGUCAUGGUGACUCCUGAGGAUCUGAAAGCAAAUGCAGAGUAUAUUAAAAUGGCGGAUCACUACGUCCCAGUUCCAGGAGGACCGAACAACAACAACUAUGCAAAUGUGGAACUCAUUCUUGAUAUUGCUAAGCGGAUUCCAGUGCAGGCUGUAUGGGCUGGCUGGGGCCACGCGUCUGAGAACCCUAAACUACCAGAACUUCUCCACAAAAAUGGGAUUGCUUUCAUGGGUCCUCCAAGCCAAGCAAUGUGGGCCUUAGGAGAUAAAAUUGCUUCUUCAAUAGUGGCUCAGACUGCCGGCAUUCCAACUCUUCCUUGGAGUGGCAGUGGUCUUCGAGUGGACUGGCAGGAAAGUGAUCUUCAGAAGCGUAUCUUGAAUGUUCCUCAGGAACUAUAUGAAAAAGGCUAUGUGAAAGACGCAGAUGAUGGACUGCGGGAAAAAGGUGUUUUUAAUAAAGACCCAUGA